GUAUCCAACGGAUGUCUAUCCAACGCUUUUUCGACAAGGUUGAAAAUUUGUGAAUCGUUUUUAAACAUAUCUUGGGCUCCCUGUGGAAGGCACAAUAAAGACAAACAAAGAUGGCGGACGAGGAGAAAGAAACAGAGAAGCAAGAAAAUAAGAAGAAAAAACCACAAUGGAAGGAAACCUGUCUAGGAAUAUGGACUAAAGGAACAAGGGGAGAAGGAGAUAACAACGAGUGGAUAUGUAAUGGGAUCAGUGUUGUGAAAAUAGACAAGAAUAUUAAUAGAGAAAGCAUAAAGAUGAGUAAAACUAGAGGAUUACAAGUGAUUAUACAAGAAACAGAUGAUCAAAAGCCACAAAAGAAAGGGGAUGUCACAGAAGAUAGGGAGAGAGAUCCUCAGCAUCAUGUCUUUCCUCCUGAAAAUCCUGGUCUGGGAGAAAGACUUAUGUAUGUUUUAAAGAAAAAGAAAGAAACAGUGGAAAAAAAUGUGCAACAAGUUGUUACAGGAAAAGCAAGCUUUUCAGAUGUUUGGGCUGGGUUCUCUGGACUGAUGAUAUCCUGGUAUCAAACAUCCCAUAGAAUUGUUUCUUACUGCAAGCCAAAGGAAAAGAUUUAUCAAAUGUAUAAUUUURCUUCAACAAGAGUCAAAGACAUUGGCAGUCAUUGGAGAAAAAAGAAAUGAACAAUUUACCAUGGACAUAAGUGUAAAUUUAUCUAAUAAUGUAUAUAGUACACAAACUAUUGGAUCAUUGACAGCCGUAUUAAGUAAGAUGACACAUAUUUUAACCUAUACUGCUUUACCUGCAACAACGAUACAAACAUAUCCCUAGUUUCCCUCCCCCUUGGGAAGAAAAAGGAGUAGGCUACUCUUACUAUUGUGUUAUAAAUGAAAAACUGUAAACUAUUUGUUAUAAUCUUGGUUUUAUUGUUGCAUUAUCACCUGUACAAGAAGCAGCCAUCACAAAUGAGAAGUUAUCGACUAGACAACAGAUAUAAGAUAUCAUGGAUUGAGUUAUGAAUAGAUUGGCAUGCAUGGAUUCCACGCAAAAAGCUUGUCUUAUAGAAUGAAGGUUUAAGCAAUGUACUCAAGACCAUGUUAGAUGAAGGUAGUACCUUCAUAUCUCAAUCUCACCUCUGCCUUGUCGUACUAAAACGUGGGUGAGCACAAAGAAAAGUUGAACAUGAUAGAGAUGAGUAAAAAUUUAACUCGCACGAAAUGUGUCAUAACUAUAAUGCUCUAACCAACAAGAUGAACAAUGAAAAACAUUUUAUAACAAUGAUAAACUGGGAUUUAAAGACUUGUAUUAUUGCCAUAAUAUAGAAUAAAAUUCCUAACUAAAUUGA